AUGGGCACAAGAUACUUCCUGGUCGGGUUUCUCAUCCUCCUGGUGUUGAGGUUUGGGGCCCAAGGGGCCCAUGUUCCCCAGCAAGACGAGGCCUCCAGCCCUGCCCUGCUCACCCAGGUGCAGGAGUCCCUCUUAGGUUACUGGGAUACAGCCAAGGCAGCUGCCCACAAGCUGUACAAGAAGACAUACCUGCCCACCGUGGAUGAGAAAAUCAGGGACAUAUAUAGCAAAAGCACGGCCGCUGUGACCACCUAUGCAGGGAUUAUCACUGACCAGGUCUUUUCUAUGCUGUCAGGAGAAGAUUGA